AUGGUCGACUACACUGAGACAUACUCAGAAAUCUCGGUCGACAUGUCCCCAGACGAGGAAGCAGAGACUCACCCUGUAGCCUUAAAGCCUGCACCGCGGCACAGUGAACGAGACAACUCCCCGGUGACUACCGCAGUGUUGAAGACACUUCUGGCAGACCUCCAGAAGAGUAUCCUGACGGACGUUGCACUAAUCCGUACCGACCUACAAGGCCUGACAGGCACAAUAGCGGUGCUAGAGACUGCAUCCAGCGACCAAGCACAACAGAAACGGACGUUGCAAAAGGCAGUCCAGGGGCUCCAACAGCAUAGUGAGCAGACCAAACGCCGCUUCACCGCCAUCGAAGAAUGGAGGUGGAAAAACAACCUCAAAAUGCAUCUCUGA